UGUCCCGUGUCCCUGCUCCUCACUCUGCUCCGGCUCCGGCUCCGGCUCCAGGAUGACGACCUUCUUCCGCUCCUCCUCCUCCUCGUCUCGUCUGGGCUCCUCGAGGGCCCCCAGCGUCUACGGAGGCGCCGGGGGCAUCGGGGUCCGCGUCUCCUCCGCCCCCCGCACCUUCUCCUCCACAGGUGCGGCAGGGUUUAACCUGUCGGACGCUCUGGACGUGACCGACAACAAGAAGGCCACGAUGCAAAACCUGAACGACCGACUGGCCAGUUACUUGGACAAGGUGCGCUCUCUGGAAAAGGCCAACACAGACCUGGAGCUGAAGAUCCGGACGUUUCUGGAAAAUAAAACCAAACCUGAAGGACACGACCAUGAGAAGUUCAGAGGAAUCAUCACCGCCCUGCAGGACCAGAUUCUCGAUGCCACUCGGGACAACGGCGCUCUGUUUCUGGCCGUCGAUAACGCCAAACUCGCCGCCGACGACUUCAGAACCAAGUACGAGAACGAGUUGUCCAUGCGUCAGUCUGUGGAGGCCGACAUCGCGGGGCUGAAGAAGGUUCUGGACGAGUUGACCCUGUCGCGCUCCGACCUGGAGAUGCAGAUCGAGGCUCUGAAGGAGGAGCUCAUCAUGCUCAAGAGGAACCACGAGGAGGAGCUCCUGACCAUGCGCUCUCAGAUCUCUGGUAACGUGAACGUGGAGGUGGAGGCCGUUCCUCAGCAGGAUCUCAGCGCCGUCAUGGCCUCCAUCAGAGAACACUACGAGAACGUGGCCGCCAAGAACCGCAAGGAUGUGGAGAACUGGUUCCAGGCCAAGAGCGAGGACCUGAAUCGGGAGGUGGCCGUCAGCACCGAGAGCCUCCAGUCGUCCAGGUCAGAGGUCAGCGAGAUCAAACGGACGCUACAGGGACUCGAGAUCGAACUGCAGUCGCAACUCAGGAUGAAACAGUCUCUGGAGGGCACGCUGGCAGAGACGCAGCACAGAUACGGCGCCAUGUUGGCAGGAUACCAGCGACAGGUGCAGUCCCUGGAGCAGCAGCUGAGCGCGCUCAGAAGUGACCUGGAGCGACAGGGGCAAGAGUACCAGGUCCUCCUCGACACCAAGACCCGACUGGAGAUGGAGAUCCAGGAGUACAGAAGACUGCUGGAGGGAGAGCUCGGAGGUCCGGUUUCCAGUUCUGAAUCCACUCGGACUCAGAAAGUCCUGAUCAUCACCAAAGAGGUGGAGGAAGACGAGGAGGAAGAGGAAGCCGAGACCGAAGACUAGACCAGGACCCGGACCAGGACCAGACCGAACUGAGCCGCAACUCUUCAGAUCCAAAGAAGAGCCGAGAGUCCAGCCCCAGGACCAGGACCAGUACCAGGACCCAAAACCUGUUCUAGUCCGAGCUGAACCCGUCCAGAACCGUUCACAGAAACAAUAAAAUCUGAUGAACUGAAA